AUGGCCCCCAAUGCCUUUGAUGACUCCUACCGGGGCUGCCGUGAGGAAAUGUUUAAUGUGCUGACAGCGCUCAACCGCUCUGAGUUCGAGCACAACAAAGUCUUUGCCACAGUUUGGACCAAGGCUGCUGCCAGCUGGAACCAUCCCCUGGGGUCUCUGAGUUGGAAGGAACAGGGCAUCGCCCUCCGGGCGUACACAGAUCACACCAAUCUGUACCGUCAGUUCAACGAGGCCGUGCGCACCCACGGGAGCUCCCACCAGGAAUAUCUGGACAAAUUUGACUUCAAGGUGCUGCAUUUCCUGCUGACCACGGCCCUGCAGGACCUGCGGGUUGCCCAGACCCACCCCUUCUGCCUCCAUGUGUACCGGGGGGUCCGAGGGAUCCGCUUCACUGCCCGGCCUGGCCGGACCAUCCACUUUGGCCAGUUCACCUCCUCCUCCCUGGACAGAAAGGUGGCCGAGGGGUUUGGCACCAACACCUUCUUCGAGGUGCUCACCUGCCACGGCGCCAAAAUCCGGGACUUCUCCAACUACCCUGGGGAGGAGGAAGUCCUCAUCCCGCCUUUCGAGACCUUUAUUGUCACCAGUGUCACCCGCCAAGGGGAAAAAACCAACAUCAAGCUCCGCUCCCACGGCGUGUUCAGCAAA